GGCUUCCGUCGGAUCCAGGGAGCCAUCCUCUUCUGCCGCACGACAUUGCAGCCCGCACCGAUCACCGCAGCCGAUCCCGUCCCGCAGCCUCCACCGACGGAGACCAGCAGUGAAGCCUCAGAGAAGUAGCCCUUCAUUUCCCGAAGUAAUCAUGCCUGUAACAAUGGUGUUCAAAGCCUUGAUGGUUCUUGUGGUUUUCCUGCAAUUAUCAUGUACGUCCGCAUUACCUGGCAGGACCAGGAGACAUGUAGAUGGGAUGUUCACAAGUGAAUUCAGUCGGGCCAGAGGGUCGGCGGCAAUCCGAAAAAUUAUCAACUCUGCUUUAGCAGGAAAAAGAGACGUGAGAGAGAACAGUUACCAGGUGGAUUCUGCUAACUUGAACCUACAAGCUGAUUCUCAAAGUUCUCCAGAUCUGCUGGGAUUGACUGACAAAAGUGCAUUGGAAGCCAGCAGAUUACAGAUUAAGAGUCCUAAUGAUGUAGCAUAUGGUCAGCUAUGCUCCGCAAUCUUGGAUCUUUUGUACAGGGCGCCAUAUCCAUCACAGCAGCAACACAGAGCGCAGGAUUACUAGAGCUAAUAGCUAAUAUACUACAUGGAAAAAUCUAUUAGAAGCUAAACACAGCAAUCAUAGUCCACAUUCAUCCACAUUCCCCGCGACAAAUUAAGGAUUGAAAAGUUUAGAUGUUUCUACCCCAGCAACAUUACAUCACAACAAUGGACACCAGCAACGCUCUGCUAACUGGAGAUGUGCAACAUAUUGUUCAUGCACCGACACGUCUUCAUGGUUGGAUGGAUCGGCAUGAUUCAAUGGAAGAGCACAGGCUGCUAUAGAAUAACUAAAGAGGCUCUUCUAGUAAUCGUUGCUGAUCAUUGUCCCGUCACCCUCCGACACCUAGAUCCGGAACUUGUUCUGUCACAUCACUAUGAUCGCAGUUUGUUAGCCAUAUUUAUAUUAUAGCAGCUUAUUUAUUGAUAUUGUCCAACUCAUAGAAAUGUAGGAACAAGGGCUUUUUGAAAUGAAAAUGGUUUCCACCUGCAGUCGUAAUUGGUCAAGAAUCAGGAAGGAUCAGUC